GGACAUUCUAAGAAAUUUCAAAAACUGUGAUCAAAUCGUCUACGUCUGGAAUUCCGUUUCUCGCACUGAGUAGUGAAUUACUGGAAUUGUUUACCAGAACACGUAAUAUCAGCACCUUCUGUUGAUAUAUUCAAAACAAGAUUGGACCUCCACAGUAUUACAAACUGUAAGGAUUAAUAUAGGUCGAUAGACCUAUCCUUGUUACUGAAGACUUGCCCUCAUUUCCAGCUGUUUCAUUGCACUCCCCAUCGCUACUAAAGGUACCUUCAAACAAGACGCAACCCACGGAAGGCAUGACGUACGUAUGUUCGUCGUGUAAGGCUGAUGUGUCUGUCUCAGAAAGAAUCAAUCAUGUCAGGAGCGACUGGCAUAUAUACAAUCUAAAGCGUGUCGUUUCUGGUCUACUGCCGAUAUCUGAAGAUCUAUAUGUACAUAAAAAACAAUUAAUUGCUGCAGAAACACCUGUGGCUAUAGAGAAAACUUAUUGUGACGCCUGCAAGAAAUCCUUCGCAAAUAACAAAUCUUUUGCUGCCCAUCUGAUUUCGAAGCGCCAUAUACACAACAGCCACUUGUUCAAAACGAAAACUGGGCGGACAGUCAUCAGUUCUACUAAACCUACAGCAGAAGACUGUUUGACAGAACCAUUACCACUGGGGUCAUGUUUGUUCUGUGACCGCUACAUAUCACUGAAUUGUUUGCCGAAUGAGUCACUUGAUAGUGCCAAGCAAAGUGAUUUGGCCAAACGUGUCCUAAAUCACAUGUUCGAUGUGCACAAAUUUAGUGUUCCAUUUCCAGAAAGAUUAACCGAUCCUGCCGGGUUGUUAAUUGAAUUAGGACGUAUUGUGGGGGAGGAACGCUGUUGCUUGGCAUGUGGUCGUCAGUUUUACGGUAGUUGUGUGGAAGGAUCAGACAAUGCUCGGAUCUCCCUAUCUGCUGUCCGCAGUCAUAUGCUGGACAAACCUGGCCACAAACAAAUAUGGUUUGGAGUAGAAGACCCCGUCCAAGUGGCACUAUUGGUAGCUAAGGCAGAAGAAGAGUCAAAUGACGAUUGCAGGAUAAAUUACCCUAAAGCUGCUCUCGCAGGUGGUGAGCUGUUUAGUCAGUUUUACGAUCAGUCAGUCGUUGCACCAUCUUUCAUACUUUCGGAUGAUGAAGACGUUUAUGAAGUACGGUUACCAUCUGGUACUGUUCUAGGCCAUCGGAAGAUGAAAACAAUUUAUAAACAACACUUGGCUACUACAGAUGAAGCUAAAUUAUCGAACCGUGAUAAUGGACAGAAAAGCGUUUCAAUACGACAUCCAAACUUCAAAGCCUUAAUACAAAAUAGAUCUAAUGCUGAUUCUGAGAGACAUUUAAACGAACAAAGAAAGUACUGGGAUUUAGUAACUGGUGUUCAAGGUAAUUUCCACAAUCGCCUUCAUCUUCGCCGACAGUACUAG